AUGUGCAAAAAUGAUGAAAUUGAGAAUGUUGAGCAGAAUAGUUUGGAAAAUCAAGAUGCAUUGAAGUGGAUGCAGUUUUUAGAGGUAACUUGGUUUUUUUGGAAGCUUGGAAAUUUUGAAUUGCAUUUUUUCACAGAAUCGAGUUGGUGGACUUUUGCCAUGCGUGAAUGAUGCGCUUUUCCCGGAUCAUAAGACGGCACAGAAAAGUUUGCUGGAAUUCUUGUGCCCUGUUGAUACUGUGCUCUUGAUUGAUGUUGAUGGAAUCUCGAAGUUUGUCAGGGUUUUGGUGAGUAUUUUGGGUGGAAAAGUGAUUUAAAAUUUGAAAAUUUUUGCAUUUUAUGCUCUGAAAUCUUAAGCUUUUGUCGUGAUUUCAGAAUCUCAAAGUUCAGAACCUUAAAGUUCACGGAAAAAAUUCACUUUCUUUUCAAAAUGUUUGGUCUGAAAUUCACAUUUCACACAAAAUAGCUUGAAUCUCAAAACCCCUUCCAUAUCCCAAAUUUUCCUUUUUUCAGUGUGUUUUUGGAGUUCGCCUCAAAGUCAUCGCCAUUUCCAACAACUCAAAUGAAAAAGCAUUUUGGACAAAUCCAUCAGCAAUUAUCGAUUCAAAAUCAAUACUAGACUCAGCUCUUCGAAGAGCCCAUCUCAAAAAAGAGGACAAAGAAAAUGUCUAUGAUGUUGAAACAUAUGCCAAGCACAAAAAUGAAAUGCAUCAAAAAUUAUUCGAAUUCAUCAAAGUUGGCGAUUUCCUCGAAAUGCAAUCGAAAAAGUUUCCCGAAUUUGUGUUUUUCUCCGAAGUUUUGGCAAAUCACGGAGGAAUGUUGGAAGUUUCCUACGGGGAUACUGAAAGAGUGCACAUUCAUAUGUUUGAUCCGCUGAUUCAUCAUAUUGGAUGGGCUUUGGAACAGGAUUCGGAUUUGAGAAUUGAUGAUCAGGAUGUGAGAUAUUCAGAGUAUUGUAAAAGUUUGGAUUUUGAAGAAGUCAAGGAGAAUGCGGUGCCGGCUGUGAUUUUUAAGAAUAAUAUUGUGAAACGACACAAUUUGGAGGUAAUUCAAGCUAAUUUUUUCAACAAAAACAUUUCGAAAUUUUCCAGGUUGGAGCAAUGCUUGCUGUUGCCAUGCCUGAUUUCACUGAAUUCUUCUACGCUCACAUAAACUACAUCCUAAAUCCCCAUUUCUUCACAGUUAGUAUUGGAGAUGGUGUCAAUGUUAAGAUGAGCAAUCACCCAUUUCACAUCCAAAGUUCUCAAAUAUUUCCGUGCGGGUAUUUGGAAAGUAUUGGUAUUCGAUUGAAACAGGCGCAUCAUAUUGGAAAUAAUAAGCGAAUUAAUAAUUGGUUUGGGUAUCGAGAGGUUUUUGGAAGAAAAAAAAAGGAGAAUUUUGUGGAGGUGGAGAAUUGUGGAGCUGUGCAGAAAUUUGAGGAUGUUGAAGAGUUGGGAACGAAUAUUUGCACAAUGAGAUAUGUUGAAUAUCUUUGUGUGAUUGGCGGGAAAAUGCUGUUGUUUGCGGCGGAGAUUUUGAGAAAUGAUCGGAAUAUGGUUUGGAUUCGACCGCAUUUUACCAAUAAAUUGAUGAUUAUGCAUUUUACGUGGGUUUUUUGGGGGAAAAUUUGAAUUUUUGGGUAUUUUAGUCAAUUUUUUUGAAUUUUCUAAAAUCCAGCAUUUGCUCUGGAAAAAAUCCGAAAUGUUCAUCUGAAUUUCGGAUUCUGAAAAUUCAAUGGGAAAAAAUUAUGGCCAGAGCUCUAAAAAGGCUCAAUUUUGGCUUGAAAUUGCAGAGCCGAUAAAUUUCUGAAAGUCGGGAAAAAUAAUUUUCAGAAGCAAAAUUAAAGGAACACCAAAAGCUAAUAGUCACUCUAGCGUAUCCGAACAAACACUUCAGAACUCGAAAUAAUCAAUGUCAAUUUACAAAUGUUCGCAGCGAGUAAAAAAAAAUUUGAAAAAAUGGUGAAGUUUGCGCCAAAAUAAAAAAAUGGGAAAAAAACCGUUUGAAUUCCCUCCUCAGAGGACUCAGAGCGAAAUGUGCAAACACCGUCACGGCAGAAUGCACACAAAAAAAUUAUUUUUUUUAUUUUUUUGUUUUUUCGGGAGUUUUCGCUUGUUUUUCACUUUUCAACGAUGAAAUCAUAUAUUUUUCAGUAAAUUGAUGUUGGCAAUCCUUCUCCCAACUGUCUCGAUCAUGUUUUUGACGGAAGAAUGCGGAAUUUCGUCGAUUUUCAGCCAAAAAGUGAGUAUUUUGAGACAUUACAGAUUAUUCUCAUAAAUCACUGUUUUCCAGGCUCAACAAUGUGAAACAUGAAUGAAAACGGCUGAAAAAUCAAAGAAAACCGUAGAAGUAGAAGAAAGACUCUGUGAAUAGUCAUGAAUCAAGGCGAAUUGGAGAGAUUUGAUGGAUUUUCAUGAUUUCAAGCCGGUUUCGAUCAAAAGUCGUCCUUUUUGCAAACAAAACUCACCCAAAACACUUCUUCCUCGACGAUUCUGCUCAUCAAUGUUCUGAUCGCGAUUACUCUAUACAUUUACUCUUUUAAAAGCUGUUUUCUGUCAUUUUUCAAUAAAAUUUGAUGAAAACCGGUUUAUUUGUUUUAAAAAAACGAAUUUAUCAGAACUCCGACCAUUCAAAAACAACUGUAGGCGCUCAAAGUUCGUGGAUGUCAUAUUUAUUUUGAAUAUCAUCAGGUUGUGUUGGAGAAACGAUCAAAAUCCGCGAUUGCAGGUUGAAAACGCAGAUUCCGACCAAAAUUACUUAUUUCGCCACGAAUGUUCUUCCAAUCUGCAAUCAAUACGUUUUGUUGAUAACUAGAAUAUCGAAUUUACUAUUUAAAAUCGUCGUUUACUAUGAGAAACAAAGAAAAAACGGAAAAACGCGAAAAAUAUUUUUCGAAAACAAAAAAACAAAAAGAAAACAACGACAUUCCGCUCGCCUGGUGUUUAGCGUAAAAGGCGUGGCAAUUUGAUUUCGAGUUUUUUCAUUUUUCCACAGAAAAAUAUUUUUUCCUCUAAAAGUUCAGAAGAAUUUUUUCAUCGAAAAGUGAGUAUAGGGAAUGAAAGUAGGAGUAUUAAAGUGUCUGUUUUGGUAUGCGCGGCUUCACCUAGCGAUGUUAACCUUUUAGUUUUUGGUGUUCCUUUAAGCUGAAAAUUGAGAAUUUCAACAAAAAUAUGAUUUUUGUUAAAUUUUAAUUCAAUUUUUGAGCUUUCGAAAAAUUCAUUCUUUCUGUGAGAAGCCAGAAACUUUUCAGCAUAAUUUGAAAAUUCAAUUCAGGAUUCAAGAAAACUUGAUUUUUCGUUGAAAAUUUGGUUUAAGAUCUGUCAUGAGAUUAAUGAUCUUCUAAAAAAUAUCUCACGAUUCACAAAAUCCCAUUUUUUCCAGCGAUCCCCGUCUCUUCCCCUGCGGCUACAGCUACAAAUUCAAAGUUCCAAUCUUCUUCGAACCCGACGCUCAACUAAAACUCGACAACGAUUUCGAUCGAGUCACCCAUGAGAUCACCGGAAUUUCGAAUGGCAAAGAUGUUUUCCUGCCAGCUCACGUUGAUAAAGCGCAUUUUGUGCCACGAUUAUUUGUCCAUUCGAAAUGCGAUGUUGGACCGUUUUUAGAUCAGAAAUUGGUCAAAGCUUUACCCAAUUUUUAUGAGAAAGGAUCGCAGAAGGAGGUGUUGAAGGAGAUUUAUAAGGUGAAUUUUGGGAAAAAUCGCGAUUUUGAAACCCAGAAAAAUUACGUUUCUAAUUUCAGUGUAUCAUGAUUUGUGCCACCGGUCAAAAACGUCACGCUGUUCACCAAAUGUUCCAAAAUUCCCUCGAAGACAGCAAACCCAAUUUCAUCUCUCCAUUAAUCAUCACAAAAUAUCGGAGAAAUGUGAAUGACAAUUCGCAGGUUUUGCGUGCCGCCACUUGUGAUAAUGCUGAAAAAAUGCCCGCGUUCAUAAAGGUAAGUGCGCUCCAGUGAUAAUUUUUAUUCAAAUUUUUGAAAUUUCUUAGGCUUUGCUUCGAAUGGUUGGAGCUUGUCCGUAUUUGUUGAGCUUUGAAGAAACUGACGAAUGUCCCUUUAAAUGUCAAGACACUCGAAAUAGUUAUGUGGAGCAAAAGAGGAAACUGAAGAAUAAAAUUGCGGCGAGAAAAGUUUUCAUUGCGAAAAGGCGGAUGAAGAGAAUGUUGGCGGCGAAAAAGGAGCGAGAAAUGAAGGAGACGAAAUCCGGGGAGAAAUCUGAUGCUCUUCCGAAAAUUGGCGAGAAGCGGAAGAGUCCUGAAAGUAUUGAUGAGGUUUUUCAGGAUCAUAGCAGGUGAGGGAGAAUUUUUGAAUUUUCACCCGAAAUAUAUGAAUUUACAGUUUCUGUUGGAUUUUUUAUGAAAAUUCCUGAAUUUCUGAUUUUUGUUAUAAAUAGUCCCAAGAAAAAUUCAAAAAUAGAAACAAAAGAUACUAAUCACAGAUAUAAAGAAUAAAAACUGUUUGAAAAAUUUUGAAAUCUAUUUUUCACGGGGUUUAAAUUUUUCUAUCUAAUUCUGAUGUUUUUUUUUCUAUCUAAUUCUGAACAUUUAUUCAAAACAAAACUUUUAUAAGGAAAAAAUCAGAAUUCAAUAGAAAAAUUCAAACCCUGUGAAAAAUAGGUUUCAAAAUUGUUUAAAGGGUUGGUGCUCCGCCAGGGAAUUUUGCUUGGUUUAGAUAGGAAUAAGGUGCUCCUGGAAGGUUCCAGUUUUAGAAAAAAUUCUAGUAUCAAUUCAGCCCAUGUUUUUCCUCAAAAACACAAGCGAGUUAAAACCUACGAAAUAAAGCAUGUAAAUGCGCUCUAGCGCACAACUUGUUUUUGAAUUUUCGUGUGUGUGUUUGCACACAACUUUGAAAACAACACUGUGACGCCUUUUUGCAGACGAUUUUUUCACCAGGAAAGCACCAACCCUUUAAACAGUUUUUAUUCUUCACCCCUGUGAUGCGCUGAUAGUGGAAUAAGUCUGAAUUUUUUUCGAUUUUGAAAAAUUGAAAAUCCAAUUUUCGAAAAUUUCACCUGAAUUUUUUUGAAACAGGAAACAUUCAUCAGAAAUUAUACUGAAAAUUUUGAGAAUAAAAAGAGAGAAAAUUGAAGCCCCUACCCGUUUUUUCUCCAAAAAUCCCAAUAUUUUUCCAGAAGUCUGAUCAAACGAAUGGAAGAAGCUGCCAACGCUAAACUUCUUCUAACUCCCCUCCCACCGACAAAUAUCUCAAUGAAAACAACUCCACCAAGCACCAAUUCAACACCAAAUCGAAAACCAACCUCUUCGUCAUCUUCUUUACCGGGACCUUCUUCUUCGGGACCAUCAACUUCUAAUCCACAUACUCUACACGCCACACCCAAGUUACCGUAAGUUGAAAAUAUAUCUUGUCUUGCAUACCCUCCCUACUAACUGUCACCCUCCUUGAUUUCUUUUCAGUUACCAUCCUAUGUUUUUGAUUGAUUUUUAGAUCACAACCGAUGCCAUACUCGAAACCCUUGCCACUCUUCCAUCCUUCCCCCUCAUCGCAUGGACGCGUCUUUCCCCAAGCACCAUUUCACCAUCUUCCCCCGAAUGCACAGAUUCCACGCAUCUCGCCACCGCAUCAUCCACUACCACCGCCCAACAUUUUGGAUCCGAGGUAAUGAUUUUUUUUGCGACGGGGGACUAGAAAUUGGUACAGUAAUUCAAUUUUAGGAAUUUUCGCGCCAAGUUUUUCGAUUUUCUGAAGCUGAACGCCUUCAUUUUCAGUCUUGAAAUUUGAGAAAAUGUAUUUUACCUAAUUUUAUUAUUUUUUUUCGAAAUUCAUCAAAAUUUAAAAAAAAGUUUUUGUUUUACGAAAAAUCAGCAAAACCUUCUGGAAAGUGAAUUCCAAAGUCAAUUUUAAUCAGAAAUUACUCCAGAAGCUUGAAAAAUAUCGAUUUGUCAUCAUUUUUGGCUGAAAAACUCGAACUUUUCGUGAAUUGAGCCUUAUGAAAAUCUGAAAAUCCGCCAAAUUUGAUCUAGAUUUUUUGAGUUACACUAACUCCAAAGUUGUUUGCCCGAACAUUUCCACCUUACUAACCAAACCCCUCAAAAUCAAUUUUCCCAAUGUUUAUUCCCCCAAAAUCCCCUUUCUUCAGAGCAAUGGUGAUGGCAAAUCCAAUGCAACAGGCUCAAAUCUACUUGGCCUAUCAACAAUACCAAAAUAUGUAUCAAAUGGCUGCCGCUCAACAACACUUUCAGCAACACCAGCAACAAGCUGCAAAACAUGCGGCGGCGGCGGCUGCGAAACAACAAAAACAGCAGCAGCAAAAAUCGCCAGCCACUGGGAUUUUUGGGCCGACGUUGAGCACGCCGAUUGUGAAUCUGCCCGGACCAUCGACUUCGGGAAGUGGCCCGUCUGUAGGCUCGGUUUUGAAUGGGACCACUGGAUCUGGAACUAAAUCGUGAGUGGUUUGGAGCUUUUUGAACCUGGGAUUUCUAACUAUAUAAAUUUUUUGCAGAGAUCCAAUCAUCACUCCAAAACCCAACAAAGCAAUCGUUUCACAAUGGACAAAUGAGCAAUUGUCGGAUUAUUUGCGAACGAAUUUGUUGAAUUUGGGAAGUGAUGCCAUCAAGAUUCUCAGAGAUCAUGUAAGUUCUUAUUUGUUUGGGAAAAUUGGCGCCAAAUUUUUAAAAUUCAAAAUUUUUUUUACAGAAAAUCAGUGGUGCAAUAGUGCUCCAACUCAGCCUUGACAAUUGCAACCAAUUAAUGGGCCACAAAGGUGAACUACUUUAUCGAUUUAUUCAAUGGGUUAAUGCGGAAUAA